AUGGGCUUCCACAUGACCGCCUUCCCAGAGAACACCAACAGCGCUCUGCAGAUAUACUGUCAUCAGGAGGGCAUCAAGGAUGUGGUUAUUCCAGAUCUGAUGAAGAAGCUGGAUAUCCUGGGAGAUAAUGGGAACUUGCGUAACGAGGAGCAGGUUGUCGUCAUUCAGGCGAGGACGGUUCUCUCAAUGUGUGAGAAGUGGUUAAAGCAGAUAGACAGCACAGAAGCAGCCCUGACCCAGAAGAUGAUUGACCUGGAGAAUGAGAAGGACCUGUUCAGUAAGCAGAAGGGCUUCCUGGAGGAGGAGCUGGACUACAGGAAGCAGGCCCUGGAUCAGGCCUACAUGAGGAUCGCGGAGCUGGAGGCUACGCUGUAUAACGCUCUGCAGCAGGAGCCCGGGGGGCGUGCGGUGGCAGAGUCUCUGUCCGACAGGCAGAGGGAGGAGCUGGGGCUAGCCGUGGACAAACUGCGGAGACAGAUACUCAGGCAGAGCCGCCAGUAUGACAGUCAGAUCUUACAGGAGCGCAUGGAGCUCCUACAGCAGGCCCAGCAGAGAAUAAGGCAGUUGGAAGACAUGAUUGAGAUGCAAAAGAGACAAGUAAAGGAAAUAGAAGAAAAGUUUUUGUUCCUCUUUUUGUUUUUCUCUCUAGCUUUUAUUCUUUGGCCUUAAUGACACUGACAUGGACCGACAACAGGUGCUAAGGUGCACAGGUGGAG